AUCUUGUACCUAAGGAGGAAAUAAUGUCUUUUUUUAUCUGAAUUUUGAUUAUCUCUGUGUUUUACUUCAUUUCCAUGCAGCCUACUCCGGAAAUGUAUCAGCGUGCUUACCAUGCAUACAACAACAAACUCAUCACUAUGACUUACAGGGCAUGGUUCAAGUAUCAUACAAGGAAACGACAGAAACGCAUCAAUCUGCUGCGUAAGAUGGAAGAGGCAGCAAAUUACUAUCAGACUCGGAAAAUACGAGUCCAUAUGGUGAAGUGGGUACAGUGGUAUCGUUUCAGGAAGAACAGACAUUCAUCGGCGUAUCAGAUAAUUCAGACUGUUUACAACAUGUCCUUGUCUCGCAUGGUGUUUGAAGCUUGGCACAACGUAAUGCUUGAUGCUCGAAGGACCCGUGAAUACUUUGAGCGGAUUGAACGUGGCGAACUUGAUGGCGAAGAUUAUUCAUUCUACUUGAGAGGGGGUUCUAGAGUUGACAUCUCGUUGCUACCACGAAAAGUAGCAGUUAAGAUUUUUUCAUACCUGAAUCUCAGUGACCUAAGCCAGUGUUCUUUAGUUUGUCGUUCCUGGAAUACGAUAAUUGGUACGAGUUCUCUAUGGAGUCAAGUUGAUAUGUCUGCAGUGAAGACAAGAGUGACUGAUCGUACCGUUGGACUAUUAUUACAAAAGUGCCGUCCGUACUUACUCCAUUUAAAUUUAAGAGGAUGUAACAGACUUCAGAAAGCAAGUUUUAUUGCCAUUAGUCGAUGUAAAAAUCUCCAAGAUCUGAAUCUAUCAGAAUGCUCAGGAGUGAAUGACGGGAUCAUGAGAGAGAUCACGGAAGGCUGCCAUAUCCUGCUUUAUCUCAACAUCUCCUACACCAACAUCACCGAUGCCACACUCAGAUCAUUAGCAAGAUCUCUUGAUGACUCAUUGCGUACAUCAUCUGUUGUUGCAGACCACAUUGGUAAAGUCAUUCAUAUUACAUCUGAUGGUUAUAAGAACAUUGCCAACGGGUGCUCUAACAUUCAGACAUUGUACGUAAAUGACAACAACACAGUGAGAGAUGACAGCAUAGUGGCUUUAGCCUCACGAUGUCUUAACCUUCGUUCUGUGUCCUUCCUUGGGACGCCCAACAUCACAGAUGUGUCAGUUAAAGCUAUCGCACAACACAGAAAGCUGCAAAAAAUCAGGAUAGAGGGUAAUAACAAGAUUACUGACGCUUCGUUAAAGUAUAUAGGCCGAUGGUGUAAUGACCUCCAUCAUGUUUACUUGGUGGACUGUCCGCGGCUCACGGAUGCGAGUCUCAAAUCCAUCGCCACAUGUCGCAACAUCAACAUUGUCAAUUUUGCAGACUGCAUCAGAAUUAGUGAUAAUGGAGUACGAGUCCUUGUAGAAGGUCCGUCGGGACCAAAGAUCCGUGAGAUGAAUUUCACAAACUGUGUCCGUGUCAGUGACAUAUCAAUAAUGAAAAUUAUGCAAAAGUGUUACAGCUUGGUGUACGGUGCUUUUUGUUUCUGUGAGCAUGUGACAGACGCAGGGGGUGAGAUGCUUGGAAACAUGUUCUCCAUGAUUUCUCUUGACCUUUCUGGCUGCAGUCUAACAGAUACUGGUUUAGCAGCCCUUGGGAAUAAUGUCCACUUAAGGGACGUCACAUUAGCUGAGUGUUACCAGAUUACAGAUCUCGGCGUGCAGAAGUUUGUGCAGCAGUGUCGUGAGCUGGAUAGGCUGGACGUGUCUCAUUGCACGCAGCUCACAAACGGUGCUAUAAAGAACCUGGCGUUUUGCUGCAGACGUUUGAGGGUGCUCAACCUUGCGGGCUGCGUACAGUUGAACGAUCUGAGUCUUCAGUACCUGUCCGGGGUCUGCCAUUACCUCAUGACCCUUGACAUCUCUGGCUGUUUCUGCGUCACGGACCGGGCAUUGAAGUUUCUACGGAAGGGAUGCAAGCGCUUGAAGAACCUGACGAUGUUGUACUGCCGGGGAAUUUCAAAACAAAUGUACCAGAAACUAGCCAUAAAGAUUCAGUUUGUCAGCUGGAGUGAUGACCCUAUCCCCCCAAACUUCGGCCCUGGGUUUGAUUACCUAGAAACUAUACACCUUGAACAGAAGUCGUCUGACCCAGAAACUAAGAACAACAAGAAAACAAAGAGUAAGAUCGGAGUGGUGGAGAAUCAAGGAGACGGAAGCAUCAGUGCGUAUGUGCUGGAAACUCAAAUUCUAGGAGCAGACAAUAGCAGACAUGAAAUGUCCAUAGACACAGAGGCAGCACUUUUGAUAUCCCCACAUGCAUCAGGUAGUUCACUUCAAGCUGCUCAUGCUUAAAGGGUAACUGUAAUCCCAUCACUACUUGAGAAACCGCUGGCGGAAAUCCAAAUAAUGUGCGGUACGAAUUGAUGAUGGUCUACUAGAACUAACCAAUGAAAUUGUUCACAUGUUAAUGUACAUUUCUUCUAAUGUUACAUUUCGAAUCUGGAGUUAUCACCACCAUUUGUGAAAAUCCGGCUGAAAUUCAAAUAAUGUUUGGUAGGACUUGGUGAUUGUCUGCUUAAUCUAACCAAAGAAACUUCCUGGGUUUCCACGUUAAUGUGCCUUUCUUCCAAUGUAACAUUUCAAAUCUGGAGAUUCUUAUCACCACCUGAAAAAAUGCGACUGAAAUUCAAAUAAUGUUUGGUAUGUUUCGGUGUUUGUCUGCUAAAACUAACCAUUGCCAGAGUUUACACGUUAAUGUACCUUCUUCUAAUGUAACAUUUCAAAUCUGGCGAUUCUUAUCACCACUUGAGAAAAUCCGGCUGAAAUUCAAAUAAUGUUUGGUAUGACUCGGUGAUUGUCUGCUAAAACUAACCAAUGAAAUUGUCAGAGUUUACACAUUAAUGUGCCUUCUUCCAAUGUAACAUUUCAAAUCGGGCGAUUCCUAUCACCACUUGAGAAAAGCCUGGCUGAAAUGCAAUUAAUGUAUGUUACAAAUUGGUGAUUGUCUGCUAAAACUACCCAAUGAAAUUUUCAGGGUUCACUCUUUAAUGUGCCUUUCUUCCAAUGUAGCAUUUCGUAUCUGGAGAUAUUUUUCUGUCAAAGCUUGAGUGCUAUAUUUACUGUAUGUGAAUAAUUGUUGACCUUUUAACCAGGUUAAAGGGUCACUAGGAAUAGAGAAGCCAUUAGCCUAGCUUCAUGUUAAAGGUAAUGUUCAAAAUAAUUUAUAAUGACAAACAUUUCUGAUAAUGAAAAUGUUUUACUUCAAUCUUUAGGUAUACUGUAUGUUAAAAAAAGUGUAAAAAAUUCCAAUCAAAGAUUUUUAUAUUUAAUUCCUUUUAUAAACCAUCAGAUUUUCUAUGUUUUUGUUAUUGUUUUUAUAGUAUGUUUAUGGGUCACACUGUAAUGAGUAUGUAUGAAUGAGAAUUUGUGCAAUAAAAAAAAUAGACAAUAAGGCCAAGCACAACCAGUCCAAAAUUUAGAAAAUUUACUUUCAGCUUUUUUCGCAAAAUUAAGAACACUUUUCAAAUUAUAUUAUUUUCAUACCUUUUCCUUAGAUUUUAGCCCAGUAGUUACUGAUAUCAACCAAAAUACAAGGGGAGGGUGGUGGUUGAUAAUGAACCCUAGAAUUAGGUCUAGGUCUUUAGUAAAAAAAAAUCAGACCAACCCUUGUAUAUUAAUUAGCUAAAGCUUAUGUCAAAAAAAGUUGCUGAGAGCACUCAUGUCAACUUUUAACUUCCAAUGAAGCAUCUAGAUCAAACUAUUUGCCCAGAGUACUUAGGCCUAUGCUACAUCCAACUAAAUGGCCAAGCUACCAUACUUUGGAUACUACAACCUUAACGCACACAGCGUACGCAGUUAAUAAACGCAGAAAAAUAGAACAUAGGUGAAUGAAAGCAACUGGCUUAUGUGCCUCAAAUCGUGUGACUCACAGUUGCUCGAUAGCUGACAUCAGUUGGUUGAGUUGCAAGGCUGACAUAAGCGUAGCUUUAGGCAGCAAAACAGUUUUGUUUCGGGCCUACUGAAGCGUUACAUUGUCGCUUCAGCCUACUGAAGCGUUACAUUGUCGCUUCAGUGUUUUCACUGUAAUCGUUAACACUGUGUAGCAGUUGGGAAAGCUGCCUGAUUCAAACAACCAAAGCAAUUUUAUGGAAUCCAGGCAUCAUUGACAGAUGUUUUGGAAGACGGUUAUCAUGUAGAGUAUCUAAAAUAAUAAAAAAUGUCCUUUAUAAAUAAAAUACUUUCAAAAUGGGAAACCAUUGUACCCCUGUUCUUUAAAAUCUUGCUCCUGCCGUGUUAUAUAAAAAUUGUUGUUAAUUAAAUUGUUUACGUUAAUAUGAUAAUUAAUAUUGUGCAAGUAACAUUAAGCUGAGGAUUUGUAUAAGUGACUGUACUUUGUGACAAUGCUACAAAGCAGGUAAAAUAUGAAGCAUUCCAUCCUGAAACCAGCGUAUACUGUCGCUAAAUGUUAAACUGAGUAAUUAGCAUAAGAACGUGGCAGUUUUAUUCUUUAGUACAGAGAACCUGUAAUACUUUACUCGUAAUUUUGGCAAUAGUAAGUCAAUUCCAGAAAAUGACCCAUCAUUUCAAAACUUACAAUGAGAAGAAUAAUUAUUAUAAAAAGUCAAUUUUCAUUUUUUUGUCACUGAUGCUAGUUUUUGGAAUGGCAAGC